AAUAGCUUAUAACGUAUACUUUUUAAAAAGCACAGAAACAGAAACAACGCAAAGUGAGAACAAAAUCUUCAGCCUGUGUUGCAGGAAGUGAGUGAGAGAGAGAGAGAGAGAGAGAGAGAGAGAGAGAGCACUGUCCCGGACUGGGACUCGUCUGUCUCCUCUCCCGACCCGUCCGCUUUACCCAUAAUCCCCCGCGCCGACACAAGAUGGAAGAGGGCAACAGCUGCAGGAGAACAAUGUUUUGGCAGUAAACGCUGAAAGAACUGUGUGUUUGGGGUUCAUUCAGACGUUAAGAGUCGGACGUGGACAUGCACGGUGUAUCUCAUCCUUUGAGCUGAAUGACCGUUGCCCCCUUGAGGAACCAGCCAUGAGUAUUAUCCAGGACAAGCUAGGCAACGAGUUUCUGCGCAACGGCAGCAUGGACCCCAACUUUGCCCCCAGCAUGAUCAUGUUCAGCCAUUUACCUCCAGUCACCAGCUUCACACGGCUGACCUCGCAGCCGGUGGUGACUGAUCUGCCGCAAGAGAUGGUCCUGAAGAAGGAGAGGGAUUCUCCGGAGCAUGGCGGCGGUUUUCUGCACAGCAUGGGCAUAAAGCAGGAGAAGUUCAAUGAGCUUGACUACCGCAUCCCACUGUAUGGAACAGGCCCGGGGACAGGAGGAGGAAAGAGUUCAGACAUGCUGGACAUUUCACUUGGAAGCCACCAGAACAUGCUUCUGCAUGAUGUCAACAUCAACAAUCAGCUUCCUGGAAGAUUAGGGAAAGACCCAAAAGACUCCACACACAGAAAAGGACGGCGGGCAAAUGGGGAGGGAACAGAGGGCAGAGGCAGAAGGAAGCGAGGGGAUUCCACAAAGUCAAUGAUGCUGGAUGGGGAGGGAGGGCCCCUUUCUCCCAGCUCCAAGCCGCACAUAUGUGAACACUGCAACGCCGCCUUCCGCAGCUCCUACCACCUGCGCAGACAUGUGCUCAUCCACACAGGUGAGAGGCCUUUUAGGUGCAGUCAGUGUAACAUGAGCUUCAUCCAGAAGUACCUGCUGCAGCGGCACGAAAAGAUCCAUAGUGGGGAAAAGCCAUUCAGCUGUGACCAGUGUAACAUGCGCUUCAUUCAGAAAUACCAUAUGGAGCGACACAAAAGGACACACAGUGGAGAAAAGCCAUACAAAUGUGAUACUUGCCAACAGUAUUUCUCUCGUACUGAUCGUUUACUGAAGCACAAGAGAACCUGUGGAGAAGCCAUAAAGAAGGGUCUGGACCCAGGGAUGCUAGACCUUGGAGAUGAAGACCUGGGACAAGGCAGCUACCUACACACUCAGGGAAAUGCCAGUGCACCACCACGCAAGAGAGGCAAGUCCAAGAACAGUGGGGAGGGUGGAGAGCGGCGGAGAAAAAAGACAGUAGCUUCAGGGGCAGGCCAAAUGGUCGGCAUGCAAGACUAUGCCAUAGACAUGGCUGCUGGCUCUGGGGCAUCCUCUUCAGGGGUGGGGAACAUGGCAAACACCAGCAUCGCAAACCAGCACGUUCGCACUCCGAAGCUUGCCUUUAAGAAAGGGGGGCGCAAGGGUGGGGACAAGAGCCUGCUCUCAAUGGGCGAGGCCAGCUCAAGCUCAGCUCUCCACGAGCAGAAACUAUUACCUCCUAAAUCCAGUCCAAUGGAUCUGCCUGGACCAGGAGGGAUGGACAGUCUAGGCCUCCUCCAGAGUUCCUCAGAGUCAAAGCAAGGUGGCACGAGCAGCAACUACGACGAUGCCAUGCAGUUUCUGAAGAAAAGGAGGUACUUGCAUGCGGUGAACAGUAGCGGUGGUGCUGACUACAGCUCGGUCCACCUUCCUCCUCAGCAGACGGUUAUCCAGGGCGGCAUUGGUGAACCCACACUGGCGUUACUGGACACGUCACCUCUGGUCAGUGUUGACAAGCAUGACAAGUCAGGCAUCCCAGACGAGGUACUGCAGAGCCUGCUGGAUCACUACUCCCAUAAAAGUGAUGUGACUUUUGACCUCUCAGAACCGCACCAUGUGGAGCUGCAUGCUGCUUCAGCGACACCUGAACUGGGAGCAGAUGAAACCUCCUCGAAUGGCUCAGCCGACAAGAGCGGCGUGAUGAACGAGUAUUCCAAGUUCCUGCUGCAGACACUGGAGAGGACGAGCCAUGGUGGUAGCGGCGUAUUUACAUUCUUCCCAGAGAAGCAUAUGUAUGCUACGUCUCCUCUGGAGUGUACCUUUGGCCAGUCUGUCUCCUCCCCCCACGGUCCCUCAUCCACUUCUGUGCUACCAAAGUCCCACUUCAGCAUGCUGGUGGGCUCCCAAUCUCCCUCCCAUGCCUCACCUUCCUCCCAGCAGGCCUUUCACCUGAGUACCCUGGAGCCCUCUGCCCACCAGCAGCUCACGCCGUCUCAAGAGCUCACUGAGCAGUUGGACACCCAGGAGCUUGCUAACGGCAGCAGGCAGAAGGAGCAGCAGGUGAAGAAUGGCAUUGCCACCAGUGCGAACAGCACCAGCAGUGGCUCCACCUCUGUCUACUCCCUAUCUUCCCCUCCUGAUCUGACGGCCCUGGAGCCAUCCAAAGAGGUGGACAUGCGGCCCACGUUUCAGAUCGAGAACUUCGCUCAGGCAUUCGGCUCCCAGUUCAAAUCCGAGCGCCGGACCCCGCUGGCGUACAGCGCUGACCCGCAGAUCGUCGUCGUCGAGGUUGACCCCCGAAUAUCGCGGACUCCCGUGUCGGAAUUCUCAGGGUAUACCAGUCUGUUAGCUGAAGUAAAUGAGCCAGCUAGCUCAGGAACCAAAACCCCCACGAGCCAAAGCUACAGGUAAAGGUUUUGGUAGCCAGCCUAAUCCUGCAGUUUGGGACAAGGACUUUCCCCAAUGCCCUCAACCCCAAUUCCCUCUUUUUUAAAGCAAGAUAAAAUAUUAAUUAUUACACUGCCAUUAAUUGUUAAUACUCUACCAGGGAAGGUCUGCCUGACCUCAGAUGCAAUUUUUUUGAUAUUCUUCUUUUUUAAUAUGUAUUUUAGUUCCUUGUUUUAUUAGUGUAGUCAUUUCCGUGAUUAGAGGGUAGGUAAUGACUGGCUUGACUUUUCAUAAACCCUGUGUUUUAGCAAUCAGGAUAGAAUUGUAAAAUAGAUGAAGAUGAUCUAUAGUAAUAACUAUUGUCAGGGUGUGGCCCAGUAUUCAGUGGCAGAAAAUGUCGGCCUAUUGUCUGUUACAAUAAUUGAAAGUAUUACUCAGGAAAAAAGCAUUUUUAAAAAAAUAAUUAGGUGCAACUAGCACUGUUUUUUUUUUUUUUUUUUUUUUUUUUUUUUUUUUUUUUUUAAAAAAAAACAAGUAUAGUGUAAAACUACAGUGAAUCUUGUUUUCUGAAAUUCCUUGAGGAAAAAAUUUUUAAUCCACACUCAAGUCUACCUGUUCAGCUGAUCACACUGGUGAAUCUUUCCACUACUUGUACAUAUGCAGAGAUUAUGGUACUUUGUCAAUGUGAAAACACUUUGCAUACUUUAAUCACUAAAGGACAGACAUAAGACACGGUUGCGAAUGCUCAUGGAAAUCUGUGUGCGUGCAUGUAACUCUUUUUAGUAGCAUCUUUACAGCUUCUGAAAUGUGGCCUCAGGGUUUGUUGUACACAGGCUGAUUUAUACUUCUGCGAUGUGUGUGUGUGUGUCCCGUAAAAACAUUCGCUUAGGUGUCUGCCACUACAGUAGAGGGCAGUGUUGCAUGUAGCAAACCAGAAUGUUCUAAACUCAAAACUAAGAAGAGAGUCUCACAUUUCACUGUAGAAGAGAUGAUGGAUAGAAGUAGGAAAGUACUGGAUGCGGUUAAGAAGAGUUUAGUUUUUACAUUGUACUUGAUCAUGGCAAUAUUCUGCUGAAAUUUGUCUUGCAUUGUCUUCGGUUUAUUCAUUCAAUAAAAACUCUGGAAAUUUGCUCCAGGUUUUUGCCAUCUCUCUCCUAUAAUUCAUUGUCCCUAAUUUUGUAAAACAAAGACCUUCUUAUGUCGUGCCUCUUCUGCAAGUCGGUCCUGAACGUGCUGCAUUCUGCUCGUGCACUAGUUCUCAUCUGGGUAUAGAGCUGUUUGGGUCUGAUCCCAACCCCGACAUUACUGUACACGCUUUCCCAUUCAGCCAGUCAGUGCCAUGCACAACAGACUGUCAUGAGGCAUAACGUUUCUGUCGGUUCCCCCUCAAGCUACGCUUAGCCAUGAACUAUUUCUCGUUGUCUCAAUGCUUUGCAGAAGUAUAAAUCAGCCAUAAAUCAUACCCCAUUGUUAAAUGUGUCAGCUCUCAUCCCUUUUAUUUCUCAAGGAAUCAUAUUAGCACUUUUACCACUGAAGACAAAAACUGUUGGAUUACAAAGACAUACAUGCUUUUGUUCAGAGGAAAGCUGUGAUUUUUUUAAUGGAAAUGGGUGUUUAUUGCUAGGGGCAUUUCUUUUUUUUUUUUUUUUUUUUUUAAUAUAUAGCGGGAUGGGAGGGUUAUUAGCAUGAUUUGUUUUAGUAAUGCUAUCGACAUGGAUGCCAUACCAAUUUUUGUGCUGUGGAGCCUUGGGUGUAAGUACAAGGCCUCUUUGUAUUCAAAGUGUAUUUAAGUAUUAAGCUGAUUUUUUUUUGAGUGAAUAGCUGCAUUUGGAAUUCUACCUCUCAAAUUACAAAUUUGAUGCCUAAUGGACAAAAAUGCAAACUUCCCUUUCAAGGUCUUGCUUGGAGAACCAUCCAAGUUGUGGACUUUUAUACUCAUGCAAAUCUGAAUUUUUGGACCUGAACAUGUUUAGGGUUUUUUUUUUUGUUUUGUUUUUUGUUUGUUUGUUAGCCAUGAAAUCAGGAUUCACACAGCCUGAGGAGACUUGUGUAUCUGAUCACCAUUUCCCCCCCCCACAAAUGCAAUCUUUGCUGUGCCCGUGAAUGGAGCAGGACGACUCCUGUGUCUUCCUCCCAUGUCUCCUGCUCCUAUCCAGCAUGAACGGGACCCAGCUAUUGGCCUCAGUCCCUUCACAGAGAACUGUUGAUUCUGCACUAGUCUCGGGGCUCAAAAACCUAAAUGCUGCACUCCAAACUUGUCCCAUACUUUAAAAAAAAAAAAAAUGGAAAAUGGAAAAAAAAAAGUGGCAAAAA